AUGGACUCCUACAACACUUACCGCGACCGCGAUCGCGAUGCAGCUCCCCGUUCUCCCCGUAGAGACAGGGACGAACGCGAAUGGGUUCGUGAUGACAGAAAGGACGAUCGCGCUGAUAGCUUCCACCGCGGCCGCUCACCUGGCCCAGGAUACGAGCGCCCCCGUCGCAGAUCUCGUUCCCCCCCUCCCGUUGACCGAUACGAGCCCCGUAACGAGCCACGCAGCAGAGGCCGCGAUGACUUUGCCGCACCUCGCGACCGCGAUGACCGAUCCUCACGCCGCGUUCCCUCCCCACCUGCUAACAUCGACCGAUAUGUUCCCGGUCAGGGAAGCAGCGAGCCCCCGCCACCUGUCGUAAACCCCUUGACAGAUCCAGUGAAGCUCCCUUUCCAGGUUGGCUUCUCCUACUUUGGAGAGUGGUGGAGAGCCAACGAGAAGAUCAAGGAGGAGAAGGAGCGCGCCCGUACCGGACGUCGCCUUGAGCGUCCGCGCGGCAGAGACUCGCAGGAGGAUCGAGACAAGGAGAAGGCCAAGAUCCAGGCUGCCUACGAUGUCUACAAGGAGGAGCUACAGGCGAAGAUGGCUAGAAGCUUCGUCGCCGAGCACAAGAAAGAGCAGUGGUUCCGCGAGCGCUACGUCCCUGAGGUUCGAGACGGCUUCCGUGGUCAAAUCAACGAAUUCCGCCGUGGAGCCUACAACCAAUGGGAACAGGACUUGGAAUCCGGUACCUUUGACGAAUUUUCCCUUGAAGGCCUUCCUAAGAGCGAAACCAAUGGCGCCGGCGGCCUGUUUGAGAAAGAGGAGGGCGAGGCCACAGCAUCCAACGAGGUCCUCGGCGUCGGGGAUCUUGUUCCCGCCCAGGGCAAUGAUAUCCGGGAUGAGAACCUCUUCCAGCCCACACUCCUGAUCAAGACCAUUGCACCACAUGUCAGUCGCCAAAACCUUGAGACUUUCUGUAAGGAGCACCUUGGCGAGGAGGAGGGCGGUUUCAAGUGGCUCUCAUUGAGCGACCCAAACCCCAGCAAGAGAUAUCACAGAAUGGGAUGGGUCAUGCUACACCCCUCCUCUGACACGGUAACUGCGGCCGAGCGCGACGAACCCAAGGAUGAGGAUGGCGAUACCGACGUCAAAUCACCCGUGCCGAUCUCUACCGCAGACAAGGCUUUGGAAGCUGUCAACGGCAAGACCGUCAAGGAUGAGGUACGUGGUGACUUUGUCUGCCACGUUGGCGUCCAUAACCCUCCUGGAAACCCUCGUAAGAAGGCAUUGUGGGACCUUUUUUCAUCACCCGAACGAAUUGAGAAGGAUCUCGCGCUUGUGCAGCGCCUCGUCAACAAAUUUGAGGAAGAAUUUGGCUCAGAUUUCAAUGCCCGGCUGAAGAUUGAAGACCGUGUCGAGGAUCUGAAGAAUGGGGGCCGCCUUCAGCCCGCAGCCCCUAUCUCGCCUGCCAAGAAAGUAAAGAAGGAACGCAACCUGGAUCUUGAUAUAGAUGAAGGCGAGGAGGGCGAGAUGGAGGAUGACGAGGACGAGGGUGUCAUUGACGACGAGAUCGAUGAUGAAGAGCUAGUUGUGAAGAAGAAGCAACUCGAUCUGAUGAUUGAGUACCUUCGCCGCGUCUUCAACUUCUGCUUCUUCUGCGUCUUCGAGAGUGAUUCUAUUCACGAGUUGACUCGAAAGUGCCCCGGCGGUCACCUUCGCCGCCCCAGGAGCACGCUGUCUACGGCGGCCAAAGAAGUGGCACGAGCAAGCGCUAACGGAGAGCCUUUCCCUUCCAAGAAGCGCGAUAUCAAGGAUGAGGAAGAAGGUGAAGCCCCGGACAACGAUCGCAAGCCACGAAUCUCAAAAUCCGAGCAACAGUUGGAGCGUGCCUACAAAUGGGUCAAGACGUUCGAGGACAAAAUCUUGCAGAUUCUUGAGCCCGAAUCUUGCGAUCUCCGCAAGCUUGGUGGCAAGCCAUCAGAUGACGCUAUUGCCGAUGAGUUGUCCAAGUACGUCAAACAGGAAGAUGAGCACAAAUACAGAUGCAAGGUUCCUGAAUGUACCAAGUUGUUCAAGGAGGAACAUUUCUGGAAAAAGCAUGUCGAGAAGCGCCACUCCGAUUGGCUGGAUGAGAUGAAGAAGGAGUUCGAUCUGAUCAAUGCAUAUGUCCUUGAUCCUGCACACAUCGCCCCCAGCAGGACUGAUGCCAAUUCAAAUGGACACUUCCCUCCUUCCAAUGGUCAGACCCAGCAGGGAACACCACGAGGCUUUAACCUCAACAACUUCAGCAUGAACAACAUGAUGCCGCCGUUUCCUGGCUUCCCCGGCCUGCCUGGCAUGCCUCCCUUGUUCGCACAAGGAGGAAUGCAAGCUGCAGGUUGGAAUGCCGGUGGUGAUGACCGUGGUGUAGGACCCGUUCGACGAGGUGGUGGUGCUAACGGUCGCUUCAAUAACAACAAUCGUACCGGUCCGUACGAUAGACGCCAGCCGCAAGGACGUUGGGGCCAGGAUGGACAGGGCGCCGGUCGUGGCCGUGGUGGAGCAGGCAGAUGGGGCGAUGGCGCCGCGCCAGGAGGUGCAGCUAUGGGUCCCAGAGAGGCCGUCCAGGGUCGCAGCUUGAAGAGCUAUGAGGAUCUUGACCACGUUGCCGGCGGUGGUGGUGGUGAGCUGAACUACUAG